CCCCCCCUUCCUUCCUUGUUAUCCGCUCUUCCCUCUUGUCGUCUGUUCAGCCCAAGUCUAAGGGAGAGAAGCUCGCCGGCCGUGCCGUCCCCCCUCCCUCCUCCCCUUCCUUCCUCUCUUCGCCGCCUCCCUCCCACGCCUCGCAUGCGGCUGGCCGUCCGUCUCUCCGACCGCCUCGCUCCCGUCUGCCAUACCGGCCGUCCCCCCCGGCGUCCCGACCUACCCCUUCUCCAUGCCCGACCCCGACUUGAGCCGCCCCCCUCGAGUUCCUUGAUUCCCUUCCUCCUUCCCCUCGAGUGAGCCCCCAUUCCUGAUGUCCUCCCCCGUGCCGGCCUCCUUCUCGCUGGCGACCCCCUCCUUCUGCUCGCCCGGGCUCUUCCGUCGCUUCCAGGCGGUCAUCCGCGAACACGUCUCCUCACAUGUGGGCACCAGUGAGUCGGGUUCCGGGUCGACACAACGUCCCGGCCUAUCGCCGCCCCCUGCAGAUGACAGCCUGUACAUCCCGGAGCAGGGGGUGGCCUACCCGCUGCCGCCUACAUUGCAGGAUGUCCCCCUCUUUCUGAUCACCCCGCCCCCGGUGGACUACGACUCGUCCGACGAGAUGGACGACUACUUCGACCCGAUCCCCUUCGGCAGCGGCGGGUCUUCCUCGCUGCAUGGCGAUCCGUCCGACGGGGCGGCCGUCACCCCGGAGCAGCUGCACAACUUCGUCACCUCACUGGACCUCGGCGCCUCGCUGGAGGACCACCCGCCGCCGCUGCCGCCGGUCGCCGGCGCCACCCCCGGGGCCCUGUCCAAGGUGGAUGCCCUGACGCAAGUCCUCUCCGAGCGUUACCUCGGCUCCUUCCGGGUGUUCCUCCGGGACCUCAGCCUAACCGGCGACGAUGGGUCCCACCAUGUGCCCAGCAUCGCCAGCCAUCCCCUCCACCACCACCAUCAUCAUCAUCAUCAUCACCGCCCGGCCGGGCCGAUCAUCGCCUCCGUGGUGAAAGCCCCUCCCGGUGCGGCCGGGGCCUAUCAUCGUGACCGGUCCCCAGGGCCGGCUCCCAUCCCCGGGCUUUCCUCGCAAUUCGGCUCCGUCCUUGGGCCCGAUGACCACGCCCGCUAUGAGGGCCGCCUGGACUUACGCUCAUCGGCCGCCGGGGGGUCGGGCCGACUUGUUGACCCGCGCGACCGGCGCCUCGGCGGGGCCCUUGGCGGCGAUCGGCGCCCCGGGCCGGUGGUCGACCCGCGUGGCGCCGACCGGGACUUCCGUGACCGGCGGCCGGUCGACCCGCGCGACCGGCGGCCGGUCGACCCGCGCGACCGGCGGCCAAGCAUCCCGGACCCGCGAGAUCGCCGGUUCGACCCGCGCGGCUCGGAGCGCCCCUACGACCGUGAUGGCCGGGACUUCCGCGACCGGGAUCGCCGGGACCGCGAGCGCGAUCGGCUGCAUGACCGAGAUCGCGACCGUGAGCGCGAUCGCGACCACCGCUACGAGCGGGACCGUUACGAUCGCCACGACCGCGGUGGGGACUUGCCGGCCGGUGGCGACCCGUUCGAUCUGCGGCGUGGGCCCGGCCGCGCUGGCAGCCUCUCCCCGCCGCCGGGGCCGCCGGCUGGCCACUCGCCCGGGCCCUUUGGCGGGGGCCCGGUCGACUUGCCCCCGGCACCCCCGCUGUCUUCCUCCACCUCCUCCUCCUCGUCGCUGGUCAGCUCGCCGGUUCUGCCGACUUCCUUUGCGCCGGCCUCGGUGGCGCCGGUGUCCUUCGCGCCGGCCUCGGUGGCGCCGGUGUCCUUUGCGCCGGUGUCCUUUGCGCCGGCUUCCUUUGCGCCGGCUUCCUUCGCGCCGGCCUCCGUACCCGGACCGGGGGUUCCCCCAGCCGGGGGGGCACGGCCAUCCUCGCCACCUCCAGUCCCGACCCCGGCCUCGGCCGCUUCCUUCACAUCCCCCUCGCCCCAGCUGCCGGCCGUGGCGCCGGACCUGUCAUAUCUCCCCUCUCAGGGGGGGAGCCCGGCGGCCAUGGGUCCCGCGGGCGCCGGGUCCCGAUCGGCCCGGCCCUCGCGCCCGCACUCCCCCUCGCCGGGGCUCACCUCGACGCCUCCUCGGUCGCCGGGGCUGGGCUCGGUCCCGACCCCGGCCGGGGUGGCGGCCACGCCGGGAGCCGGUGUCUCCCGGCGGCACUCGCGCACCGGCAGCCGCGAUCUCUCCACCGACGACCUGGUCAGCGGUGGGGGGCCCUUGGCGUCGGCGGCCGACCGGCGGGCCUCGCUCAGCCGGUCGAUCGGCUCUUCGGCGCCCUCGUCGCCCAGCCGCGGCAGCAUGUCACGGCGCCCCUCGCCCCCGGCGUCGGCCGCGGCCGCGGCCGCGGCCCCGGCCACGGCUCCUGUCCCCCCCUCCCAAGCGGAGGACUUGCUUGCGAGCCUGCUCCCCCCUUUGCCGGCCACGCCGGCGGACUUGGUCCCCUUCAUCGGGCCCUUCGAGGCGGAGGCCCGUGCGGCGGCGGCCGCCACCUGGGCCGCGGCCGACACGGCCAAAGCCAAUGCCUCGCGCUCGCAGCGGCUGGGCAUCGCCUUCCGCGAAGAGCUGGGCAUGGAAUGCGAGCUCCGGGCGGCGGAGUUCCGCACGCUGCUUCUCCAGUGGGAGUUGGAGCGCAUCGACCGGCUCAUCCGCCUGGCCGAGCUACAGUAUGCCCUGUCCGGGGUGGAUCUGGAGGACUUGCUGGCUGCAUUGGACAGCGACGAGCGGGCGUUGGAGCUCCUGCGCAAGUUGGCCGACUCCUCGGGGCCGGAUGCUCUGGCUGCUUCGUCGGUGAUCGCGUCGCUGACCGGGGCCGGGCAUCCGCCUGGCGGUGUGUCGGGCCCUGGCGGCCCGGCGGCCGCCUCCGCCACCGGCGCCUUCACCCUGGCCGAUUGCUUUGUCUCGCGUCCGGCCCACUCGGUGUUGGAUGUUCCCCUGCAGGCGGUCCUGCCGGAGGAGGGCGUCUCUGCGUUGGCCAGCGACCCGCAUCUUUUUGGCCUGCGGUCGCUCAUUGACAUUGCCGGGGCGGCGGUUCCGUCGUCGGCGGCGGCGGCCACCGCGGCGGCCACCGCGGCGGCUGCUGCGGCUGCGGCUGCCGCCGCCACCGCCGCCGCCGCCACCUCUUCGGCUCCCCCCGGCACGGUUCUUGGUGGCGGGCUGACCACGGGGCUCGGCUCGCCGGGCCUCCCCGCCGGGGUCCCGCCUGCCCUCCCUCCCGGGGGUAGUCCCCUUCUGGCGCCGUCGCCGCAGCUGGUCGGAUCGUCGCCGGCGCUCGCGCCGGUCGGCGGCGGCUCGACCCUGCCGGAGGAGCUGUCUCUGCCGCCGGUCACCGCCUCCAGUCCUCCCUCGUCUCCGGCUCUGGUACCUCCCUCUCCUGCGCCAGUUGCUCCCCCGGGCACCGGGGGGCUCCCGGCCGCGCGGCCGCCCCCGGCCGAGGGCGCGGACGAUGCUGCCUCGGCGCCGGUGCCGGCACCAACCCCGGCGGUGGCACCACCCCACCCUGGCGCCGCCGGAUCGUCGGCCAAGCCGCCCGAAGAGCCAGACCCCCGCCAGCACCAGCACCAGCAGCAGCAGCAGCAGCAGCAGCAGCAGCAGCAGCAGCAGCAGCAGCAGCAGCAGCAGCAGCAGUCGACGGCGCCCACCGACACGCUGGCCUUCAACCAUCAGUCGCCCCUGGGCCAGCUGGCCUCGCUCGCAGUCAUCUUCGAGGACCCGUCGCUGCUCCUUUCCGGGGGCACUGGUGGAGGUGCUGGUGUGGCCCCGGCCCCCGGCAGUGGGGUACAGCCGCCUCCCUUUUGA